UCUAUAUAUUCCUAUGUCAAUGGAUCAGAUGUGCUUGGUAAUUCUAAUGACGUGAAGUUCUCUCCGUAAUACUCGGACGCAAUUUGAAUUCUUCGUGUGCAGCGCAUUACCUUGCAAUAUUUGUUUGACGUUUCGAGUAAAAUAAAAAUAACGUUAUUGUAUAAAAGAUGAUUAAAUUGACGCAGGAUGUCAAUUUGGAGAAUUACACACUCAUUUUGCCGUCGGUGGCGGUAGGGAACGUCGGACAACUGUCAGUUGAUUUACUCAUCUCAAACCUUAACCUGCAAAAGAUCGGUCAAAUAUUCAGCACAGCGUUCGUGCCCAUCGUCGGCGCGAACGCGUAUAACGAGCAUUCGAAUGAACUCGUUACGGCGAUCGAUAUCUAUGCGGGAACCGAGAAACGCAUUGUCGUCGUGCAGAUCCGUUCGCCGUACGUGAGAGGACUGGCAGAGUUCUUCAAAGAACUGGCGCAAUUUGUCGCUGAGAAAAAGAUAGCCAAGGUAAUAAUUCUUGCGAGCAGCUACGAUCAUGAGAAGAAAGAAGUUCAACCGCAGCAUCUUAAGCUGAGAUACAUCGCUUCUCCGACCGUACGUACCGAGAGCGGUAAACUUUUCGACGAUCUCAGUUGGAUUCCACACAAACCAAAAAUCAUGCCCGAUACGAAUGCUGAGGGGACACUGCAGAUACCGGGUGGCGGUUUCGCCAAGAGCAUCUUUACUUUUUUGUCCAAUGCCAACGUUCCUUGUGCCGUUUUGUUCAAAUUCUGUUCCGAGGGUGACAAUAUCGCAGAUGCGGUGGCUCUCGCGUGCUACUUAAAUCAGUGGAUAAAUGUACUAGAAACGAGUAGUGAUAACUUGAAGUAUCCGUCAUCAUGGAAAUACUUGUUUGGAAAACCACCACCGCGCGAAAUAUAUUGAGUAUGUUUUAAUA